AUGCGCACUGAGGCCGGCGUACCUGGGGAGUCCCCGGCGCGGGCUCGGCGCACCUGCACCGGCACCGCACGGCCGCACCGCGGCUGCACCCGCCCGGGCACCCGGGGACCACGCGGGCCCGCCAAAGCCCGCGCUGCGGAACACGCCUCGGCGGGGGGACCCCGGAGCCCUCGGCGGGGGCGCGGGGGCGCGGGAGCCCACGCACCCACGCAGCCCGCCGCCGCGCCGCGCCGCGGAGCCCGACGCCCGGCGCGGGGCAACAACUCCGCGAAAGCCCCGGCCCCGCCGGGCACCGGCGUCCCGAGCGCCCGAAGUUUGGCGGCGCGGGAAAGGAGAGACGCGGCCGCGGGCGGCCGCACGUCGCGGGCCCCGGCGCCCCCCGCCCCCCCGCGACCCCCCGGCCCGGGCACCGAACCUCGGCUGAGCCCGGCCGGGCCGGGGGCGCGGCGAGGGGGCGCGGCGGGCCGCGCGUCGCGGACAAAGAGCAGCCGGCGGCGCGGCGAGGGGCGGCCCUGCGCCCCCAACCGCCCGGGGGGCGCCGCCGGCUGCUCCCGCCCUCCCGGGCCGUUUCCCUCCCGAUUUGGGGGUCCGCGCGCGCGCGCGGACAAAGGGGGCGGGAGGGCGCGGCGCCCGCGGGCCGCCCCGCACCGCGCCCCCCGCCGGGCCCCCGCGGGCUCCCCACAAGUUCCCGGGCGGCCCCCGGGCCCCGCCCCGGGCCGCUUCUCCUCAGCCCGCCCCGCGGCCGCCCCUCACCGGGCGGCGGGCUUCCCCGGAGCCGCCUCCUCCGCCGGGCCUCGGCCCGUCCCGCCGGCCGCCGCCUCAUGGGCCCCGCGUCGCCAUCGCCGCCGCCUCGCCGCCGCCUCGCCGCCGCCGCCUUCGCCUCAGCCCCAGCCUCCAGCCCGGCCCGCACCCGCUCCCGCCGCGGCCUCCCGCUCCCGCCGCCCGGACCGCGGGCUGGCGCCUGCGCACUGCCCCCCCGGGACCCCGCUGCUCGGGGCUUGGAGUCGCCUUCUAGAUACUUUCGAGGUCCUGGACUUCUGGGAUCUGCAAGACCCUAAUUGGCCAUUUCCUCUUAACUCCUUGUAUCCCGGCGGGAGCCUGUUCCAAGGACUUUGA